AUGCCACCCAUCACCUGCAACCGCGCGGGACGGCUGCUGCAGCUGGCGCUGCCGGGCGCCGGCCUGAACUGCGGCGACAAGGGGCUCCCGGCCAGCUUUGCAAAGCUGACGGAGCUGCAGAUUCUGGACGUGGCCUAUAAUGAGAUCGGGGGCACGACAGCUGCCAUGGGCACCAUCAUUGGGCAGCUCCCCAAGCUCAAGCGCGCGUACCUGCGUCACGCCAACCUCACGGGGCCCCUCAACUGCGCCCUGGUGGAGAACCCUGCGCUGCAGACGCUGUCGGUCACGGGCAACAUAGGCAUAGCGGGGCCCAUCCCCGCGUGCCUGCUCGGGGACGCCACCCUGGAGGAGCUGUACCUCUCAGAGACAGGCCUCACGGGGCCCCUGCCCAACAGCGUGCUGAAGGGCUCCCCGCUGCGCGUCAUCUUCGCGGUCGGGUCCGGAACAGAACAGGGCACCGUGCUCGACGGUUCCAUCCCCCCCAGCCUGUCCAACGCCGAGAAUCUGGUGUUCCUGGACCUGGCCAAGAACAAGUUCUCAGGCUCUGUGCCCCUCCUGCCCGACUCCCUGAGGUUCCUGGACAUCAGCCGCAACGCCCUCAGCGCGCUGCCCCCGGCGCUGCCCGCGGCUCUCAGGAUCUUUGACGCCUCCUCCAACGCCCUGCUGGGGGGCAUCCCGGGGAUCGGGCAGUCGCUGGUGCGCCUGGUGCUGGACAACAACAGGCUCAGCGGGCCCAUGCCGCCCUUUGUGGCGACGGCUGCGGCGGCGGGGGGCCGCCACAGGCGGCUGCUGCAGGACGAGCUGAGCCCCUCGGACCCCCCGCGGCUGCGGCUGGCCUCCUUCAGCAACAACCGCCUCACGGGCUCUGUCCCCGCGGAGUGGGCCACCGUCCCCAAGAACCUGCAGUACCUGAUGGCGGCCAGCAACGGCCUGAGCGGGACCCUGCCCAAGACCUGGGAGCUGCAGGACCUCUCAUGGCUGGACGCCAGCUCCAACCAGAUAUCAGGCCCCCUCCCGCCGUCCCUGGGCGCCCAGCCGUCCCUCAUCCACGUGGACCUCUCCAACAAUCAGCUCACGGGGGACAUCAAGCCCUUUGCCGCUGAGCUGGCUGACGGCAGCCAGCGCCUGGCAUACCUCAACCUGUCCAGCAACCUGCUGACGGGGCCGCUGCCGCAGGAGCUGGGGGACAACAACAUACUGGACCUCGUGUCCAUCGCCAUGCUGGGCGCGCUUCCCGUGAAGCGCGUCCUGGACAUCAGCAACAACAGCUUCAGCGGCGGCACGUUCCCCCUGUGGCUGCUGGAGGCGCUGCCCCGGGAGACGGCCGACUGCAACGGCUGCGACAUCACCGUCAAGGUCAACGGCCCCAACGAGGUCCUGGCGUGCCCCACCAAGGAGGAGGCGCUGCCUUACACGCAGCUGCUGGAGGAGGAGGUCAAGCUGCUCAUGAAGUACAACUUCGAGUGCACAGCAGGCAAUGGCAGCUCCAUCCCGCUGCUGCAGGCGCUCGACGGUGCUUCACCUGGCUCCAAGGAGCGCCGAGCAGACCCGUCGGGCACAGAGUGGACCGAGGGGAGCGCCCGCAGCGCCAAGGGCGGCGGCAUGCGGCCAGGGGCCAUCGCUGGCCUGGUGAUAGGCGUCCUGGCGGGGCUGGCCGUGCUGGGCGCAGCAACCCUGUUCGUCAUGCGCCAAACCAAGAACUGGCGCGACGGCUACACCAAGGAAUCGUUGAACGGCGCCGGCGGCACCGGCCGUGCCGCCAACGGCCGGGCGGCUUACGGCGGCGGUCAGGGGCGCGGGGGCGGCUCGGGCGCCGCCGCUGGCGGCCGCCGCGUCGGCGGCGGGUGGGGAACGCGCGUGGCUGCGCGCGAGGCAAAUGGGGACGCGUUUGGCGUGAUGCCAGCCCCGCCAACCAACGUGUCUCGGCGCGACUCGCAGCACUGA